AUGCUUUCCAGGCGUGACGCACCGCGACCGGUCACAGAUGGGACGCAGGGAAAGGUGUCUGACGAGGUUGCGGAGAAAGAGGCAGGGAAGAGGGUCGCGGAGAAAGAUACGGUGAAGAGGGAGACAGGGAAGAAGGCCGCUGACAAGGAGACAGGGAAGAAGGCUGCGGACAAGGAGACAGGUAAGAGGGUCACGGACAAGGACAAAGGGAAGGGUGAGAGCAGCAGGGGAGGGAAGCGGCAGAAAGGUCCCGCGGCGACUAGCGUCAGCGAUCUCCUUAAGAUGGGAGGCGCGGUCGUGGUGCGUGCAGCGGCAACCACCAGGGUGGAUGCGGCUGCGGGACUACCGCCUGCCCCCUCGGCGGUCGAAGCUGGUAAAGGCAAGGACAAGGCAAAGAAUCAGGGCCGCGGUGGUUGUAAGCCGCCUCCGGCCGCGUUGAAGGCGGAUCACGAGGACGACGAUGACUCGGACGCGGACGAUGAGGUUGAGCUGGUGCUGCAGAGGUUCAUGGGGCCAAGCGACACCAGCGGCACUAGCGGCAAGCGCAAGGGCUGUGGUAUCCGCCCUCCUCCCAGGGGUGGAGAGGGGAUGGUGGGCGAACCGUGGCAAGGGGGGAGGCGUCGCUGGCUGGGACAUCACUCACUCCAGGAGGUGCAGUACCUGGCCGCGAUCGCGGUCAUGUGUUACGACAAGAAGAUUGACCCCGGCCUCAAGCUGACUGCGCAGCAGAAGAGUGAGUGGGCCGAGGACAUCUCCGCGGCCGGGAUGAUGUGCACCGGCCUAUUCGCCACCAUGCACCUCCGCAACCUUUGCGGCAAUGUUGACAUGUACCACCACAUGUUCAAGGCCUACCGCGACUUCACCCGUCCUGGUUCCACCCUCGUUAAUGCGGUCGCUUGGGUAGCCGCGGUGGGAAAGGAGGCUGCAGACGAGGAGCCCGAUGUCACCGGGAACCUAGUGGGCCUGUUUGCUGGCGCGGUCGCGUGCGCCAUAGCCAUGGUGUGGGAGACCUGCAACGGUCUCAAUCUUGAGGGGGUCACGGAUGCUGGAUACGUCGCGGCGUAG